GCUUUCCUGGUUUGCUUCAUGCACCGGUUCCACGCAGGAGCGAGCCGCGGCCCCCCGCGCCGGUCCUCGACCUUCUACUACUCCCCACACCUCGACGGCUCGACGAGCACCAAACCCAUCUCCUCCGGUUCCGGCCCCGAGCAGUCCCCGCACGAGCUCACCAUCGCCGCGCCACUGCCUCCCGCGCCGGCGUUGACUGCGGUUGACCGCCAUGGACCCGCGCUUCCCGCCGCCGGCGCCGUCCUCCUGCUUCGGUGGGGGUGGGGGCGGCGCCCCUGGACGCGGGCACCACCGGCGGGCCCACUCGGAGACGUUCAUCCGGCUCCCCGACGCCGACCUCCUGCUCGACCCCGAGGGUGACUUCGCCUUCUCCGACCUCGACUUCCCCUCCCUCUCCGACAACUCCCCCGCCGCGUCCGACCCCACGCCUCCGCCGCCCCAGCCGCUGCCGCAAGCGGCCUCCUCGGCGCCAAGGCCGCCUAGCGGGGCCCACAUGAGGAGCCUCUCCCUCGACGCCGCCUUCUUCGACGACCUCUCGCUUCAUGGGGGAGGAGUGGGGAGCGGCGGCUUGGCGGGGCAUAAGAGGAGCGGCUCCAUGGACGGGGCGAGCUCGCCGUUCGAGGGCGAGUCCGCUCCUCCGGGCGUGCUGCCGGACUACGCGAAGAAGGCGGUGCCGGCCGAGAAGCUCGCUGAGCUCGCGCUCCUCGACCCCAAGCGCGCGAAGAGGAUUCUGGCCAACCGGCAGUCGGCGGCGAGGUCCAAGGAGAGGAAGAUCAAGUACACAAGUGAGCUGGAGAGGAAGGUGCAGACGCUGCAGACCGAGGCGACCACGCUUUCAGCACAGCUCACGCUUCUUCAGAGGGAUACUUCUGGUUUAACCACUGAAAACAGAGAGCUCAAACUCCGGCUGCAGGCCAUGGAAGAGCAAGCUAAACUUCGAGAUGCUCUGAAUGACGCCCUGAGAGAAGAAGUCCAGCGGCUUAAGAUAGCCGCAGGUCAAGUUCCUAACAUGAACGGCAACCCCUUCAACGGAGGACUACAGCAGCAGCAGCAGCAGCAGCAGAUGGCAAGCUAUUUCUCGCAACCACAGCAGAUGCACUACUUGGGCGGGCACCAGGGCCAGCAUCACCGUCAGAACCAUCAUCCCCAGAACUCUUCAAACGUUGACCAGUCCCUGAACGACUCCAUGGAUUUCAUGUGAGGAGACUAGCUCGGGCGCCUGAUGUCGCACAUACCAACCGCAACUAAGUACUGUAAAGGUAGCUGAUGUAUACCGUAUUCAUAUGAAUCAUUCGUAGGGUAGCUAGCUGUUCUUUGUACCAUUAAUCAAGAAGUCAUUCAUGCAUGAAACCUAUCUUCCCUUUUGUUUUGGGGGUAAAAUGCCUUGACUGUUUGACAUGUUUACCUGUCGCUGUUACCAUGUAAAGAUGCUCUUAGAGUGAAUGGAAUGGUUUUCGGUUGUAAA